AUGAGGAGGAUUAAGAGACAAAGCUCCAGCCCAGGUUCCACAGGAUCAACAAAACCGGAACCAGGACAAUGGUCAAAGCAAGGAGAAACUCCGAAUGAGAACUAUCAACCACUAGAAUCUCAAUUCCAGGAGCGGAAUGAAGGGGCUCACGAUAGCGCCAAGUCGCAAUCGAAUGGUUCGAGAUCUCCCAAGAGUAAAACCCCAAAACAUCUCAAGAUUCUAAUAAGAACAGGAAGGAGUAAGAGUAGAACUAACCAAAGAAGGGGGAGUUACAGAAAUCGUAAAAGAAAUAUUAGAGGAUCUCCUGGAGAAGAGGCAUCAUCAUCUGAAAGAAUGAGAAGUAGAGAAAGACAAGGAAAGAGCACAAGCUCACGAAGCGGGAGGGCAAAAGUAAGACACAUCAAACCCACCUGCCAAGAGUAUCUCCAACAAGAUCAGGAAGCAGGUACAUCAAGAAACAAUCACCAUAAGGUUAAGAAGGGGUCAACCCGAAGAGACUCCCAAGAACAGCUGAGACCCAGGGGAAGUAGGAGUCCAGGAGGGAAUCGUAGCAACUUCAGUCAGACGUCUUGA